UUUCCUACAAGAAACAUGUCCAGAUAUCAUUUGUACUCAGAAAAAACUUUGAAAAAAUCUUACUGAAAAAUGUUUCAAAUCAUUGACUAUUCUGAGUUGCACUUUUGGCUUUGAACAACCGAAAAGAGAUGAUCAUACUAUUAUUAUCUGCAGCAACUGUUUUUUUUUUUUGGUCUCUAGCUGCCAAAAUGGAAUCUUUAGCCAAUUACAUCUUCUUCCUCAUCUUGACCUUAUUCUGCCGCAAAAAAUGUAUCAUUAACCUUUCAUCUGUAGCUGCAAUAACCUCAAUGAAGCCUGGUGAUGAACUCAAUCACUCACAAGUACUUGAUUCAGAAGGUGGAAAGUUCAAGUUAGGAUUUUUCUCUAUCCCACAAACGAAUAAAAAUUAUCUUGGAAUAUGGUAUGCAGGUGAUCCACAAGAUAAGAAAUUAUGGAUAGCCAAUCCGAAUACACCUAUAUUGAACAACUCAGGAUUGCUCACCAUAGAUUCUACAGGAAUAUUGAAAAUCACCAGUGGAGGGAAGACAGUUGUGAAUAUUGCCCCUCCUUUAUUGACAGGAAGUUUAAUAGCUAGGCUUCAAGAUUCUGGAAAUUUUGUGCUUCAGGAUGAAACUCGGAAUAGUACUUUAUGGCAAAGCUUUGAUCAUCCUACCGAUUGUCUUUUGCCUGGUAUGAAGCUUGGUUAUAACCUUACAACAAAGCAGAAUUGGACUUUAACUUCUUGGUUGAGUAGUUAUAUUCCGGCCUCGGGGGCUUUUACUUUAAGUUUGGAGUCCAUUCAAGAUGCAUUUCAGUUGGUUAUACGUCGAAGGGGCGGGGUUUAUUGGACUAGUGGAUCUUGGAGAAAUCAAGGUUUUCCAUUCUUAACUGCUUUGAAUGAUUCUUUUAACAGAUAUCAGUAUAAUCUCAGCUUGGUGUCUGAAAAAGAUGGCGUGUUCUUCCAAUUUGAUGCUCCAGAAGGAAGUUUCCCAAGUCUUGAGUUCUCUUCAAAUGGGGCUAUUAUUGGCGGUGGUGAAGACGGUCGUAUAUACGCGCUUUAUAAUGAAUUCUGUUAUGGUUAUGAAAGUGACGAUGGUUGUGUCUCUACUCAGUUGCCUGAGUGCCGAAAGGAUGGAGAUAAAUUUGAGCAAAAGAGUGGAGACUUUAUUGAUAGAUCUUAUAAUAACUAUUAUGAUAAUGCAAGCAUUAGUCUUGGUGAUUGUAUGCAGAAGUGCUGGGAGGACUGCAGUUGUGUUGGCUUCACCACCAGCAGCGCUGAAACAGGAUGCGUGAUUUGGAGCGGAAAUGGAGAGUUUCAAGUCGAUGAGAGUGGUAACACAGUGAAAAAAUAUGUUCUGGUUUCAUCAAAAUCAUCUAAAAGAAAACAAAAAACUUGGAUAUGGAUAGUGAUUGUUGUAGCUGUUGUUAUCCCUUUGCUUAUAUCUGGUUUCAUCUUCUACAUUAUAAUGAGAAGACGCAAACUACAAGAUGAGAAAGAAAAGGAGGAAGAGUAUAUACGUGAGUUGAAAGCGUCAGACAGCUUCAACAACACAAAUUUGAGAGAAGAAGAUGGAAGGGAAGUACAUAAUUUGAAGAUAUUUAGCUUUGGAUUCAUAUUGGCAGCCACAAACAACUUCUCGAUUGAAAACAAGCUCGGAGAGGGUGGUUUUGGACCUGUUUAUAAGGGAAAAUUUCCAGAUGGGAGAGAGGUUGCAGUCAAGAGACUUUCAAGGACAUCAGGUCAAGGGAUUGAGGAGUUCAAGAAUGAGCUUAUACUAAUUGCCAAAGUUCAGCACACAAAUCUAGUUCGAGUUAUAGGAUGUUGUAUUCACGGAGAUGAAAAAAUGUUGCUAUAUGAGUACAUGCCCAACAAGAGCUUGGACUUCUUCCUCUUUGAUCCUGAAAGAAAGAAGCUACUGGAUUGGCAGAAACGUUUUGACAUUAUUGAAGGAAUUGCUCAAGGAUUGCUCUAUCUUCACAAAUACUCAAGAAUGAAAGUGAUACAUAGGGAUCUUAAAGCUAGUAAUGUGCUGUUGGAUGAAAACAUGAAUCCCAAGAUAGCUGAUUUUGGUUUGGCAAGAAUUUUCAAACAGAACGAGACGGAGGCAGUGACUCGCAGGGUUGUAGGAACAUAUGGUUACAUGGCUCCCGAGUUCGCCAUGGAAGGAGCAUUCUCAAGCAAGUCUGAUGUCUUCAGUUUUGGAGUCUUAAUGCUUGAAAUUGUGAGUGGUCAUAGAACUACUAGGUUAAAACAAUUUGAUCGCCCACUCAACUUAAUAGGUUAUGCAUGGGAACUAUGGAAGGAAGGGUGUGCAUUGGAAUUGAAGGAUCCAGCUCUUGGAGAUCUGUGUGACACUAAACUGUUAUUACGAGUUAUUCAUGUCGGACUGUUAUGUGUACAAGAAGGUGCAACAGAUAGGCCAACAAUGUCUGAUGUUAUCUCAAUGCUUGGUAAUGAAAGUAUGGCAAUGCCUCCUGCGAAACAACCAGCAUUUUUCACAGGAAGAAAUGAAGCUGAAUCAAAUUCAUCUGGAACCAAAGCAGAACAAUGUUCGGUUAAUGAUUUGUCCAUCAUUGUCCUUGAAGCAAGAUAAGACUUCUGACACAUUCUGUUGCUGUAAUUGGAUUGCAGAUAGAUCAUCACUUAAGUUUCAUCUGCUCAUUGUGCAGAGCACAGUAACUAUACAAGAAAAACAUGUGUCCUUGUGGUAUGAAUCAGUUAACUUU